AAGAAUAUUAACGUUUAUGCUUACCGCGAUAACUAUGAAGAUUUCAAUCAUCCUCAGUACACUGAUUUUGAUGGCAGAAUGUGGGUAUGUACGUUACGAAAAUAUUACGUCGUUAAGAACCCAUAAAGUAUUAACGUUUGUUAAAAUCUGUGACAUUAUAACAAUGUCUAAAAAUGUGAAGCUACUUGACGAAAUCAAUAAUGGCUUCGUACGAAAACUGAAACGAACAUCCGCAUUCAAUAUAAGUCCUGACCUAACGUUAAUAGAAAAACUUAACGAUGUCCAGUAUAAUCUAAUCGAUUUGAGUAAAAUUGUUAUGGAUAGAAGCUUUGCUUAUAUACUAAAGAAUAUGUAUAUUCAUUGUAAAUUGGCAUUGGCGGAAAUAAAUGAUAUGAUAGCUAAAGGAACCAAGAGUGUUACUGAUCUUAAACUUCUCAAACUUCGACAAGAUCAAAAAUACUGUAUUUUCGCGCAUCUCUACGAUUACGGUCACAAUAUCGACUUGGCGCUAGAAGUUAUGGUUUAUUUGAAAUCAUUUACUGAAACCGAGCUCCUUCCGAUACAGAAACGGUUGACGCGUUUAAUCGACAACAUUGUAAUUAAUAUGAACGAAAGCCUCGGGCACAUUUCCAACGAGAGUAACAUCUCGUUAAAAUCACCAUAUAUAGACCAUCAUAAAGAUCAAUGGGACAUUAUCAAAGACAACGUUUAUUACGGCUCAGAAACGUUUUGUAGUGUGCCCAGUCCACCUUUGAUCGGUGAAGAUCUGCUCAGCAUGGCUGAGGCCAAAUCCGAUCUAUUUAUGCAAUAUGUAUUUGUAAUGGAGAAAUGUGAGGUGACCGUGAGUAUUUUCGUUGUUAUAUCCAUUCGUCUUCGACUUAUUAUCAUUCACAUUAAUAUUUAUAUUAAUUGAAAAUACAAUUACUGUUCGCAUUAAUAAAGAAAGUUUUAAUUAAUUCACUUUAAAAUUAUUGACAUGUUUAGUUCGAUCAACACCAUAGUGAGGAUUUUAACAACACUCGAUUCUCUAUUCCUGCGGAUAUUCUCGUUAUUGAUACGUGGGAAUGUAUCGAUAUUUUGGUAAACACAUAAUACUACAAAUUUAUUAUUAAUUUAGAAUUUCAAUAGUAUUUGUUAUUAAUAUUGCAUUUAUUUGAAAGAUCUUAUUAAAGAGUUUAUUUGUAAACAUUUUUAUAUUUAGCAUUGAAUUCCGAUUUUUGACUGAACCGUAUGUUAUUUUAGAAUAGAAAGACUAAGAAAAAGACGCUUAAAACAUUUCCUAAUGAUUUAGAUUUUGAUCAUUUUAAGUUCAACGUGACUCAUAUAAAUUUUCCUUUUUUUUUAAAUUUAAAAAUAAAAUCACUAAAAUCUAACCAUUCUACGGAGCGCAAUGGUUUUUUCUACAAUAUAUUACGGUUCCGUCGUUCCGACAGUUUCUAGUAUCUGGGGUUUUAUCGUCAUUCUUCAUUAUUCAUGAUUGUAGACAUUUUUAGAUGAUAUCUAACCUAUACCACUAGUAUUAAUAAUAGAAUUGAUUUUUCAAAGAUAUGAAAUAUUUUCAUUUUACACGAAAUUGUCUUCAAUUUUAACAUUCUGCAUUUGACGAUUCAAUUAUUUUUAGGUUACUGUACCUGAGUGUAUUUCGAUUUUAAAUAUCAUAAACUAAUAGUUUGCUUUAGCGAAAAAUUGUUUGUACACGCCUUUUUGUAAGUAUAAAACAAUUAUUUAGGUUAAACAUAUAACCAAAAAAUAUAAUAAACGAUAAAAAAAAAAACCCUAUAUAUUAUGUAAUAAUAUCGUUUUAUAAUACGGUGUAUUACUAAUCAGUUGUAUUUAAAUAAAUAAUCUGUCGAUAAAUGAUUUGCUUUAUUUUACCCAGAUGAAAUCGAUCGUGUUAAAUAACUAUUCUGAAUCAAUUGGAUUUUUAUCAAAACUGCACAUAUUUCUCUAGAUUAAUUUGAAUAAUAAGAAUACAAAGUUUCAAAAUUUAAAAAACUAUUUACCGAGAAAAAAGAUAGUUUUAUUAUAUAUUGAUUUAUAAUGAUCAUUCUAUUAUUUUAUUCUUAAAUAUUAUUUUUAAAAACGAAUAAUAAUAAAAGGUGUUUAUUCUCAUCUAUAUUGUGUUGUUUUUCGUGUUAUAGAAAGCCAAAGAAUACAGAUAUGAGAGCUACGAAAAUGAAGUAAUUUUUAACAUCUGUUUUACCAUAUACCUAAACUUUAUUACUGUCUUAAUAGUUAUAUUAUUUUUGUUUUAUAUAUGUAUUUAAUCCCUACAUUUGUAUGUUUAAUAUUAACCGUAAAAUGUCCGAAAAUUUACCAAAUAUUUACAAAAAUUACCGAAUAAUUUAAAAACGACCGAUAAUUUAACGAAAGUUGAUUGAAAACUAGCUAAAUGUUUAUCAAAAACUUACAUUUACCGAAAACUUUUCCCUAAUUGACCGAAAAUUGAUCAUAAAAUCUACAAUUAUGUCAGGGGUUGAAUGUUCCAACAGUUUUAAAGCACAUUCUCAACAAAAAUUCCAUUUAUACAAAUACAUUUUAACCAAUUUACUGUACGGGUAUAUAAAAUGUUUAUACCCGUUAUUUCUUCCGAAAACAUAAAAUAUAAGCAUAAAAACUAGUUUCAAGGGGAGUUAAAAGUUGAAACCACCAAAAGGCACGUUCUCGAUACUUAUAUCGUAUAAUAUAUAAUAAAUCUCUCCUCACUUUAUUUGGAGGAUUCUUUCGGUACGAACAAUGCUAAAUCGCUUCAAUCAGUCUAUUUAAAAACUCUUUUGGUCUAGAGGAAGCAACUAAAGGCCACGCUAUAUAAUAGUCUCAAUUUUCGGAGGAAAUUCGAUAAAAAAAAGUAUUUAGCUAUCUAAUAUGAGUAUAUUGUUCCUACUAAUGUUAAAUACAAGUAUGUGAACAUGGUUUAUUUUUUCGAUAUCCAUAUCGUAAAAAUAGUUCAUUGAAAAAUUCAAUAAAAAUUUGUAUACAAAAACAAUAUUAUAUCUCCUGAUUUAUUGUAAUUCAAUUUUGUGUUCGACGAAUUUAAUUACAUUAUUUAAAAAGAAUAAAUACCUAAUUAGUAUUCACAUUGCUAUAAAUUAUAGAACGAAGCGUUUUUGUGAAUUAAUUUUAUUAUUUAUACAAGGCAGUAUGAGACACCUUUAAGUUUAUUUACAAAAAAAAAAAAUAUAUAUAUAUAAUAAUUUGUAAUAAUAUUGUUUGUUCGUUUUUAAAAGGGACCGAAUGGAGAUUUAUCACGAGUAUUAUUGUCGGUAAUAUAACAGCGUGUAUAUAUAAACGUACAUUUCAUCAGCCUUACCCUUAUUCAAAAAUUUAAAUAUUUUUUUUUUACUCCAAUAUUUAGGGUGUGAUAAACACGCAUUUGUAUGUCAAUCAAUGCAUUUUUCAUGGAUUUCAGUUAAAAUGAAUAUUGGGAUAAAAAUCGUUGGGUGGAUGAAAUGUGCAUUAUUUAUAAUUAAAAUUUAAAAAANAGGGAAAAUAUUUUAAUAGUUUAUAUGCUCUGAAUAUGCUCUAAAAAAAAAAAUAAUAAUAAUACUUCAAAUAUUGUGUACAUUUUUCGAACAAUUAUUUUGUGUUUCUCGAUUCAUUGAGUUAAAAACGUCUUAAAAGUUUACGAUAUCAUUGAAAUAUGCUCUGAAAUCGCACAAAUCCUAUAAUGGGCUCUAAAAAUGUUGUUUACUGUAUGCUAUUAACUAGAUAUAUUUUAGACCGAUCAGUAUAAAUAUGUUGUAUACAAAUUACGUUGGCUCUACUAAUAAGCAUGCAAUUACAAGCUGAAUAUUGGGAUAAAAAUCGUUGGGUGGAUGAAAUGUGCAUUAUUUAUAAUUAAAAUUUAAAAAAAAUCAUUAGGUAUUUUAUAAUAUUAUUUUUCAUGUGGCAUACAUUAUGCACGAAUAUUAUCUCAUGCAUUAUACAACACGUAUACAAUGUAUUCAUGUUUGUAUGCUAUACACAUUAACGUAUUAAAUUGUUUUAAGUGAGUAGGUAUAUGCACUAUGCGUAUUUUGUAUCGAUAAUAACAUAAACAAAUUUCAGCUCGAGAAUGUCGCGAAAACACCGGAGAACCGUGAGGCAAAAGUCAUUAGGCCCGACGUGGAUAACAGACGGAACAAAAUGAUGUAUAGUUUAGCCGAAUUACAGAGCUUAUCGAAAAAGGACAGUUAUUUCCUCAACAUCAUGAAAUACGACAAUAUCGCUGCCGAUGUGAUGUUGUACGUUGCCAUGAAAGAAGGGUAUAAACUAUUGAAAGGCGUAAAAUACUUGAUCAAUAAAGGGUGCGUGAACGGUUUUGAGAAUGGUGAUUCUAUAUUCGAAAUAGAAAACGCCAAGGCAUCGGUAUUGUUAUUCAAAUACUACUUUAACCGUUUUACCAAUGCGAUGUUGCAAAAGAGACGUAUCUCUUUCAAAACAUUAAUAGUGAUCAGGUUCGUAAGAUUAUUAACGAAUAUAUCGCAGUGCAUGGACUGUUCGGACGUUCAAUCCGGUAUCGACGAAAUAACGAAAAAUUACUGCAAGUCUAUUACCAGUGAGAUAAACGAAAUACAGGAACCGAUCGCAGCUGUAACUGCUAACCUUCAAAAAUUAAAAAAUGUCUACCUACACAAUCCUAUACUUAAUAUCCGUAAAUUAAUCUACUUUGUAAAUGAUAAUAGUUAAUUAAAUAGAACGGAUCGGUAAAAUAUACCAAAAUAUAAUACAUAAUAUUAUGGACUGUAUUAUCUAUAUCUAUAUAUAUAUAUAUGUUAUGGGUAAAGUAGAUUAUACAUUGAAAAUAUCGUAAUUUAAACAAAA